UUAGACAAGAUGCCCUCACGAAGUUCUCGCAAGUUGAGCAUGGAGACCAGAAAAGAAGAUGGUGAGAGCACGGCACCUGCCCCUCCGCAGAAGAAGCUGUCCUGUCAGUGCCACCACCACUGUCCUGAGGACUCCGUCAACAGCACCUGCAGCACUGAUGGCUACUGCUUCACCAUAAUAGAAGAAGAUGAGUCCGGUGGACAUUUAGUCACCAAGGGGUGUCUUGGAUUAGAGGGCUCGGACUUCCAGUGUCGGGAUACUCCUAUUCCACACCAAAGAAGAUCUAUUGAAUGUUGCACAGGCCAAGAUUACUGUAACAAACAUCUUCACCCUACGCUGCCACCGCUGAAAAAUCGAGACUUUGCUGAAGGAAACAUUCACCACAAGGCGCUGCUGAUCUCGGUGACUGUGUGCAGUAUACUUCUGGUGCUUAUCAUCAUAUUCUGCUACUUCAGAUACAAACGCCAGGAGACGAGGCCCCACUACAGCAUCGGGCUGGAGCAGGAUGAGACCUACAUUCCCCCUGGAGAGUCCCUGAAGGAUUUGAUCGAGCAGUCCCAGAGCUCAGGGAGCGGCUCCGGGCUCCCUCUCCUGGUUCAAAGGACCAUUGCAAAACAGAUUCAGAUGGUAAAGCAGAUUGGAAAAGGUCGCUAUGGAGAAGUCUGGAUGGGAAAGUGGCGUGGCGAAAAGGUAGCCGUGAAAGUGUUUUUUACCACGGAGGAGGCCAGCUGGUUCAGAGAAACAGAAAUCUACCAGACUGUCCUGAUGAGACAUGAAAAUAUUCUUGGAUUCAUUGCUGCAGACAUUAAAGGUACAGGAUCUUGGACCCAGCUGUAUCUCAUCACUGACUACCAUGAAAACGGUUCACUUUAUGAUUAUCUAAAAUCCACUACCUUGGACACAAAAGCCAUGCUAAAACUGGCUUACUCCUCUGUUAGUGGCUUGUGCCACCUGCACACGGAGAUCUUCAGUACUCAAGGCAAACCCGCUAUUGCCCACCGUGACCUAAAAAGUAAGAAUAUCCUGGUGAAAAAGAACGGCACCUGCUGUAUAGCAGAUUUGGGCUUGGCUGUUAAAUUUAUCAGCGAUACAAACGAGGUAGACAUACCUCCAAAUACCCGUGUAGGAACAAAACGCUAUAUGCCUCCUGAGGUGCUGGAUGAAAGCUUGAAUAGAAAUCACUUCCAGUCGUACAUCAUGGCCGAUAUGUACAGCUUUGGACUCAUCCUUUGGGAGAUAGCAAGGAGAUGUGUUUCAGGAGGAAUAGUUGAGGAAUACCAGCUUCCGUACCACGACCUUGUGCCCAGCGACCCCUCGUACGAGGACAUGCGGGAGAUUGUGUGCAUCAAGAGACUACGCCCGUCGUUUCCCAACAGAUGGAGCAGUGAUGAGUGCCUACGGCAGAUGGGGAAGCUGAUGAUGGAGUGCUGGGCUCACAACCCCGCCUCCCGGCUCACAGCCCUGCGGGUCAAGAAAACGCUUGCCAAAAUGUCAGAGUCGCAGGACAUUAAACUCUGACUCGACCAGAGGCAGCUCUCGUGAAGGCCCAUGGAAAUGGACUUUCUCGUGCAGGCAGAAGUCCUGAAGAGGUAUCGAAAGUCUUUGCUAAUAAGUACCUUGAAUGCAGUCAUGCUUAAGAGCAGCUGUAAGUUUGUUUGAUGGCUUGUGGGGAGACUAUCCUUUGCAAAAAUCAGCUGAAUUUUGACAUGCAAGAUUGGAAGAGACUUGUCUGCCCUUGUUUACACGGGGAAAUACAGUUUUAGUAACUGGUUUAAGAUUAUGCAUGUUGCUUU